AAUGGCUGCUGCUUCUUUUAGUGCAGACAUGGAUUUUUUCUGUUCAGUCUGUCACAGCAUCUUCCAAAAUCCUGUUGUGCUGUCAUGCAGCCACAGCUUCUGUAAAGACUGUGUGAAGCGCUGGUGGACGGGUAAACAGAUUUUACUGUGUCCUCUGUGUAAUACAAGAUCUCCAACAGAUGACCCGCCCCGUAACUUAGCCUUAAAAAACCUGUGUGAAUCCUUCUUACUGGAACUCUCUCUGGAGGAGAAGGCCGCAGCGAGGUCUGAGGAUCUCUGCAGCCUGCAUUCAGAGAAACUGAAGCUCUUCUGUCGGGACCAUCAGCAGCCAGUGUGUGUUGUCUGUCGAGAUUCAAGAGCACACACCAACCACAGAUUCAUUCCCAUUGAAGAGGCUGCAGAGGACUACAAUAAGGAGCUCAGGCAACAACUGAGGUCCACUAAGGUCCAAAUAAAGCACUGCAUAAACGUCAUACUUAACUUGAAUCAAAGAGCAGAGCAUAUCAAUGCACAGACUCAAGUCACGGAGAGUCAAAUUCGGGAGGAAUUUAAGAAACUUCAUAAGUUUUUAGAGGUGGAAGAGAAAGACAGGAUCUCUGCUCUGAGGAAGGAGGAGGUGCUCAAGAGUGGAGUUAUAGAGAUCGAGAUUGCGGCUCUGAGCAGAAAGAUAGACUCUCUUUCAGACACCAUUAAAAGCACAGAGCAGGUGCUGCAGUCUGGAAGGAUCACAUUCCUGAAGAAUUACCAGGCAGCACUUGAAAAAGUCAAGCAGCGCCCCCUGGUGGAGGAUCCCCAGCUAAGCACAGGAGCUCUCAUAGAUGUGGCCAAACACCUGGGCAACCUGACCUACAACAUCUGGAACAAGAUGAAGGAGGUGGUUACGUACUCUCCUGUGAUUCUGGAUCCAAACACUGCAGGAUCACACCUCUUUGUGUCUGAGGACCUGAAACAUGUGUUGUUUGUAGACAAAGAGAGUUUGCUGCCCCAGAACCCAGAGAGAUUUGAGCACUUCCCAACGGUUGUUGGAUCUGUCGGCUUCAACUCGGGGACUCACAGCUGGGAUGUGGAAGUGAGGAGUGACGCAAGUUGGGCCGUGGGUGUGAUAAGAGAGUCUGCCUCAAGGAAGGGAGAAAAUUUGACAGGAUUCUGGGAUUUGUGGCUUCAUGAUGAUAAAUACAGAGCAUACUCUCCUCCGAAAACGAAUAAAGUUCUCUCUAUAAGGAAACCAUUGCAGAGGAUCAGGGUGAAACUGGACUGUGACAAAGGGAAACUUUCUUUCACUGAUCUGGAAACAAACACACACCUUUACACCUUCUACCAGACCUUCACUGAGCGUGUGUUUCCCUUUGUUAACACACUUAAUACAAAGCCACUGAGCAUAUUACCAAAGAAAGUCACGGUACAGUUUGAGAUGUAGAUAUUAAUGUUAGAGUCUCUGGAAACCAUCCUAUGAAAGCUCCUUUAUCUUCUGCUGCUAUGCUCACUGUAUCUCCAUGUUUAUAUCUUAAUGUGUGUUUCUAUGCAUGACUGUAGCAGCAUUUUGGAGCUCAGUUACAUUUGCAGGUAAUGAAAAUAGUUAUUGUCUACAUUCAACCUUUACCAUACAUUUAAACUAGAGACAAAGGUGUGUGAGAGUGAAGUCGUUGGGUUUAUUUGAGUGUUUUUGAAUUUAGCUCCAGCAAAGCGAAGCUUGUAAAUAGAAAAAAAUCAUUUGUAAAUCAGCCGUCAGUCUUCUUGAGUUUAAAUACAGUCUUUACAGUUUUGAAGAAGUCAUAUCAAAGUUAAAUAAUGAAAUGGAUCCACUUGUGUUUAUUUGGGUUUCAUUGUUGUUGUAAAAAUAUAAAAUGUGGGGGUUGAGAUGACAGAGAAAUAUAAAAACACAAAGCAGAAAAAUGAAUGUUUUUUUAAACUUUAAUGUGUUUUUGCAGAUGUCCAGUCUGGGCUAAAACUUCUGUCAUGAAUUCUGUGAGGCAUGUUUCAUGAGGAGUUAAUGAUAAAUGUGUUUGUGAAAGUGUAAUAAAUAUGAAACCAUUUUUGCAGA